UAAGCAUCCCUCUCCCCUUAGUCCAUGAGUGGGCAACCUCCCCCUUCGGAGCAGAAGCGGCAUCAUACCCCAGACGAAGAGGAUGACCGACGGGGCAAGAGGAGGAGCAGGGGCGAGGAAGGGCCGUGGCAGGGCAAGGGCCGGGGAGGAGGGGGCCCUGACGAGAGUGAUGACGACAUGCCCCCACCUAACAUGCCCCGACCCUCGGGACCUGCCUCACUAUUCGACUUCUUUGAUGUCAAGAUGCAUGAGAAAAAAGAAACUGUGAACUUUGUGGAGCCAGUGGCUGAUGUUAGGGGGUCAGCCUACCAGACUGGUCGUGGUGGUCGAGGAGGAGGAAGAGAAGGAAGGGGUGGGAGAGGAAGCAGAGGAAGGAUGCUGUCACGUGGAGGAGCUGUCAAUGGAAGGUCAACACCACCAGACUUAGCAUCAGAGAACUGGCCCGCUCCUGGGGAGGAGAAGAACACCCCCACCAGCAACAGGAGCUACUUCGAGAGCAAAGAGCUGAUGGAGGAGAAGGAGCAGGAGGAUAACCUGGCUCUCCGACAUCAUCAGCUCCAGACGAGCGCUUUGGGGAGAGAUAGUGCACCCAUAGCCUAUCGGAAUGACCAUGGAGGGCAGUAUGGAGGGUACAGAGACUCUGGCAGAAGGGACUACGGGGGAGGGGGAGGGGGCUCCUACAACUCCCAGGACUCGAGAAGAACAGAGCGUGGUGGCAGAGGUGGAGGAGGAGGGAGGGGCACUAGUGGUGGUUACCGAGGCAGGGGUGGAGUCGGUGGUGGAAGUGGAGGUGGAGGAGGAUACAGAGAUUCAAACAGUAACCCCAGAGGUGGAAGAGGGAACAGCAACAGUGGCUAUAGAGGUGGCACUAACAGUUACCGGGAAGAUGGAGGUAAUUCGAACUUUUACAGGAGCGAUGGUGGAGGUGGUGGCGGCAGCAACUAUAGACAGUAUAAUGGAGCCAACGGUGGUUAUCGGGGCGGCAAUAGCAAUUACGGUAAUUAUGGUGACAGUGCUAAUUAUGGAGGUGCUUUUAGGUCUGACAGUGGUAGUAACUACAGAGAUAGUGGUGGUGUUUCCCACAAUGACAGUUCCUACAGCUCAGGCUACAAGGAUAUGCAGGGAAGUCGAAGCAGCUCCAACCAGUACAAUCCCCGGUACGAAUCCUACAGUAACAGGCAAGGGGGCCAGAACAGCUAUGAACCAAAUCUAGGCGGCCGAAAUGGCAUGGGAGGUGGUAGAGGAGGCAGCUACACAUCCGGCAGAGGAGGAGGAGGCAGUGGGGGUGGCAAUAUGCAAGCAUCAAACAGUAGGACGUCAAAGGAAAUGAGGCUCAUUCAGGACUUCCAGAGGAGCAUGACCUUAGCAGGAUGUUACCCACAAGAGAUGAUGAAUUAUGGCAGAUAUGAAGAUGGAGCAGAAUAUGCAGAUUUUUCGGGCACAUUGGAAUUUCACCGUGGUGGUGGCAGCGGGCGAGGCAGUCAGAGGAGAGGAGGAAGGGGAGCCUAUUACUAGCAAGGUCUAAACUUAGAGAAAACAAAGAAAGGACUUAAUACAUUACAAGGAAGAAUUGUGGGUUUUGACAGCAGUAAGGUUUAUAUAUUAUCAUUGUUUAUUUUAAGAUACAGGUAUGAUUUUCUUUGUGUUGACAUUGCUUUUAAGGAAGGUUUUCAAUUAAAAGAACCUGUUGGCUAUUGAGAGAGAACUUGCUUGAGAGCUAAGGAGUGGGACCCCAGUGAAUAGCUGUAUGUCUGGGAUUCUUUUAUUUAUUUUAUUUUACUGCUAUCAUUUUGUUUAUUAAUUUAGGAGUAAUUUACAAAAUAGAUUUUACUUUUAAGAUUGUUUAUUAUUCCUGAAAAGCCUAAUGUAUUUACUGCAGUACAGAGCUAAAUUUAAAUGUUCCCUUAUUUGUGAAAUGUGUUCAGAAUACGGACAGUACAAGAAGUUUAAUCUUCAUGUUUUCAUUAGGGAUAUCAUUGUCAUUGUUAUUAUCCAUAUUAUUAUUGUUAUUAUCAAUUACAGUAAUUAUUCUUGUAUUUAUUAUAUUCUCAAUUUCUUUUGCCAUUAACAAUGUGUUCAUUGUAAUAUGUCAAUUGCUUGAUAGUCAAUAAUCCUGCCAAAAUACUUUUAUACAACUUAUCACUUUUGAGAAUGUUACAUUUUAUCACCAAAUGCUUCUGCUAAGGAAUUAAGAUGGAGGAAAAAUUUGUCACAUUUGGACAUUUGUACAAGGGAGUUUGAGUUUGUCAAUUGUGACAAUUUGUCAAGGUUGGUUGUGGUUUUGACGUGCAUUGUGACUGCUUAAUACGAGUUUGAGAAAAUGGAAUGUAUCAUAAAUAAAGAACAAGCAAUAAAAUGAUAAUUAAAUGGAAAAGGAGGAGGAAGAAGCCAAAAUAGAAUUGAGAUAUUUUCCAACUUUGUAAUGUUUACAAAAUUUGUGGCAUUGUCUUUGUUAAUUACUUGUUUAUGAAGUUAUUCAAUGUUAGAUUGAAUAAAAAUGAAAUUUUGUAGUCAGCAACAGCACACAGACACUGAGCAAUCUUUGUAUAGAUAGACUGAAUAUUUGUAUCAUAAUAAUCAUCAUAUGCUGCUGUUGAAAUAAAACCUUGGAGGUUAAAGUUGAAAUAUUGCUUCUGUUAUUGUUAGAAAAAGAAGUCAUACUAGUCAGAAAUCUUACUAUUUUGAGUUAAAAGUAGAGCAUGAGUGACAUUAAACUCAUUUUUUUUUCCAUUUUCUCAACAUAUUGAAGUUUGAUCAACUUUUUAGGAAAAAUAUAAGAAAAUAAAUACAACAUUUGUGUGAUGAACAUGGUGGCAUUUGAACUGUUCAACCUGCGUUUGCCGGCACUUUUUCUGGGCCUUUUCCCUUGUAACAGUCAUGAUAAAAAUAAAGAAAAAAAAGCUCUCUUUCUGCCAGUUUUGUACAACUUUUCUUACAAGCCAUGCUUAUUGCCUAUAUCCAUAUUUAUUAUUUAUUUUUGUAAUGGCUGUAACAUUGUUUCUUGUACUGCAUCUGUUAUACAUAGUAAAGCCUCAAAACCACUA